GAUGAAGAAGUUGCCAAGCUUCUUCAGCUGAAGGCGCAACUCACCGAUGAGGAGCCCCACAAGUUUGUCCUCAAAACUGCCAAGGGAACUAGGGACCAUGGCCCCGCACAGAUGGCACUGCGGGAGCGCGUCUUCAAGACGAUAGUGAGCUGCUUCAAGAGACACGGGGGAGAGGCCAUCGACACUCCUGUCUUCGAGCUCAAGGAUACACUUACGGGCAAGUACGGCGAGGACAGCAAGCUGAUCUACGACCUGGCGGACCAGGGCGGAGAGAUCCUGUCCCUGCGCUACGACCUGACGGUGCCCUUUGCCCGCUACGUGGCCAUGAACAAGAUCGCCAGCAUCAAGCGGUAUCACAUCGCCAAGGUGUACCGGCGGGACAACCCCGCCAUGACCAGGGGCCGCUAUCGGGAGUUCUACCAGUGUGAUUUCGACAUAGCGGGGCAGUUCGACCCAAUGCUGCCGGACGUCGAGUGCGUCCGCGUCCUGACGGAAAUUCUUAGGGACCUGGGACUCGGCGACUUUGUCGUGAAGGUCAACCAUCGGGAGAUCUUGAACGGGAUGUUUGAGUUCUGCGGCGUUCCGGCAGAAAGCUUCAAGACCAUCUGUUCUUCGGUGGACAAGCUGGACAAGCUUCCCUGGGAGGACGUGCGGAAGGAAAUGGUUGAGGAGAAGGGGCUGCCCGAAGACGUGGCUGACCGGAUCAGUCAGUUCGUGGUUCGGAACGGUGGAAGAGACCUCGUCGACGCCCUCCGGUCCGAGGAGCUUGGAAACAAUGCUUCGAUGAAGCGAGGUCUCGAUGACAUGAAGCUGUUCUUCGACUACUGCGACCUGUACAACAUUACCAACAAGAUUUCGUUUGACCUGAGCUUGGCUCGUGGGCUCGACUACUACACCGGCAUCAUCUUUGAGGCCGUUCUCAAAGAACCCAUCAACAACGAUAUCGGGGACCCCUCAAAGGAGAGCGUCUCGGUGGGAAGUGUGGCAGCGGGCGGUCGCUACGACACCCUGGUCGGGAUGUUCGACUCCAAGGGACGUAACGUCCCCUGCGUCGGCAUCAGCGUCGGCGUGGAGCGCAUCUUCACGCUCGUCGAAGCCAAGGCCAAGGCGGAACAGACCAAGCUGCGCACGAACGAGACGGAGGUGUUUGUGGCUUCUGCUCAGAAGAACCUUGUGGCGGAGAGAAUGAAGAUCUGCUCUGAGCUGUGGGACAAUGGGCUCAAGGUGGAGCACUCGUACAAGCUGAGCCCCAAGCUGCUGGGGCAGCUGCAGUACUGCGAGGAGCGGGGCAUUCCUUUGGCCAUCAUCAUCGGCGAGUCGGAGCUGCAGAAGGGCAUUGUCAAGCUGCGCAAGGUCACCACCAGGGAGGAGUUCGAAGUUCCCAGGGACAAGCUGUGCACGGAGAUUAGGAACUACCUGACAAACAUGAACAAUGCAUAAAAAAAAGCGUCCAGCCACAA